AUGAAACGUACCUAUGAUUCUAUGAGCUCGUCAAUUGAAAUAAGCUCUUACCGCGAUCAACAUUUCAAGGGUUCUCGAGGUGAACAAGAAAAGCUAUUGAAAUUAUCAUCCACUCUUUAUAUUGGAAAUUUGUCCUUUUAUACCACUGAAGAACAAAUUUAUGAACUAUUUUCGAAAUGCGGUGACAUACGUAGAGUUAUAAUGGGAUUAGAUAAAUAUAAAAAGACGCCUUGUGGUUUUUGCUUUGUGGAAUAUUAUGCGAGGCCCGACUCUGAAAAUUGUAUGAGGUAUAUAAAUGGUACACGAUUAGAUGAUAGAAUUAUAAGAUGUGAUUGGGAUGCUGGUUUUAUAGAAGGUCGACAAUAUGGUAGAGGAAAGACUGGUGGACAGGUUCGUGAUGAAUAUCGAACAGACUAUGAUGGUGGGCGUGGUGGUUAUGGAAAGAUUAUUGCCCAAAAAGUAACCCCAAACACCUUGGAACGUUGA